ACAAAAAUAUAACACAAACAGAGACAAACUUUAAUUUUCUUUCAAAAAAAAAAAAAUGGCCACCACCACCACCAUUGCCGUCUUCUUCCUUCUACUCACUCUCACAUCCACCACUAUCCAUGCAAGAGAAAGCCAAUUCUUUGCCAAGGUCUCAAACACCCCCAAGGAUUCACUCCCUUUAAACAACAAUAACAAUAAUAAUCCACAAAUUAAUACCAACCAACAAGAUCCAACAUUUGUCCCACAAACCGAAGGUUCUGGUUUUGGUCUUUAUGGUCAUGAAUCUGGUCAACUUCCACCGGCUGACACCACCACCAUAACCACCACUAGACUUCCGGCUAACUUACCGGCAAACUACAACCCCGUGGCUUACACCACACCCAUCCAUAGUAGCACUCAAGAUAUCCCUAAUGAGUAUAACUAUGAGCCACAGGCAUUCAAUAACAAUAAUAAUAAUAACGGUGAGACCAAGAUGUAUAGCUCUCAAAGUCAAGAUCAAGAUGAGUUUAUGGAUAAUGGAAAGUAUUAUUAUGCUCCAGAAAAUACAUACAAUUCCAACAACUUUGAUGAUGCAAAGUUUAUGGAGACAGAAAAUGGUGGCAAUAUGUACAACAUUCCAAAGCAAGGAGAGAAUGACAUGUACAACCCACAAAGCCAAGGAAAUUUGGGUGAGGAGGCUAAGUAUGUUGCAACCAACAAUAAUAAUAAUAUGUAUAACAUUCCUGGGAAGCAAGGGAUGAGUGACACUAGAUUUUUGGAGAAUGGAAAGUACUAUUAUGACCUUGAUAGUGAAAGGCUUAAUGUCAAUAAUAAUGCAAACAUGAACUCAAGGGGUGUUAGGAAUGGUUUUGAAACUCAAGGGUAUUAUAGUGACAAUCAGAACCCACAAGGGUAUUAUGACAAUAGUCAGAAUUCAUAUGAUAGAUACAAUACCAAUGGAGGAGGAGGCUAUCAAAACCAAGAGUUCACUCCUUGAAGGGUGUUUUUGGUCUUUUCACACUUAUUGAUAGAUUCAAGUGGAGCUAUGUGCAUGAAGAUAUGGUCCUUAAUUAAGAGAUGAUGAUAUGUGUGGGUUUUUUUUUCUUCUUUCUUUUACUUAAUUAUUUGAUGUUAUAAGUGUUAAUUGUGUCAUGUUUUAUUAGGAAGACAAAAUAUAAAGUCAAAUGUGUUUGUUUUGUCUUUGUGUAAUCUUGCAUGGUCAACUAAUGCUUGAAAGAAAGUACCACGGGUUUUAAUUUAAAA